AAUAUAUUCUACUGAUUUCAUUCGUUUAACUCUUUAUCCCUAGAAAAUGGACUCCGAUUCAUCAACCAGUGUAUCUCAAAUAACUGAAAAUGAAUGGGAUGAUUUUUUUGAAACAGAAUCUGCUGCACAGUGUCUAUUCUGUCCUUCUAAAUUUGAUAAUACACAGUUUGUUUAUAAACAUUGUCAAGAAGUUCAUGCUUUUAAUUUAGAAGCACUUCGCAAACAUUUUAAUCUUGAUUUCUAUAAUACAAUUCGUCUCAUUAAUUAUAUUCGUGAUCAAGUAAAUAAAGGGUUAUCUCCAAAUGUAAUGGCACCAGAAAAUUAUGUUGGUCAUGAUAUAUAUUUACGACCUGUACUUGAGGACGAUCGUUUACUUAUGGACUUGAAAGAUGAUGAUGAUAGUGACGAUAAUGAUAACAAUGUAUAUACUAGUUCAAAAGAAAAAGAUAACCCAUUAUCAAAUUUAUCUAAUGAAGAAAAUCAUAAACCCUAA